UCAGUACAACACUAGCUGUGCAGACCUACAGUUCUUCAAUUUCACCUUACGAAAUGGCUGCAGUUUGGAGAGCGCGCAAAUUCCCUCGUAGUGUUGUGCGCUUCUCCGACCGUGAUCUGUAAAUAUUUCGUUGAAGGGACGUUUUGCAUCGCAAGAACCGACGGAUAAGCUGCCAUGGCUGACACCAAGAGGAUUUCUAGAGGCGGUGUGGAAGAGGGAGAAGAUGAGACUGAGGACUCUCACCUUGAAAACCGUGAGCGAAACGAGCUAGGAGGGUUGAGCCAGACUACGUACAGAGCCCCAUCCUGCUCCAUGACUGAGUUGGAGCUCAGUGCUUUCCGAGCCCAGUGGAUGUCGGAGCUACUGCCCAGCGCUGGCUGUCGGGUGGUGAAGGGCCGCUCUCACGCAAGUGAACUGCAGAGACGACAGGAGGCCCAGGAGGAAAAGGCCAGAGAACUGUUCCUAAGAGCUGUGGAUGAAGAGGAGAAUGGAUCAGUUUAUGAAGCCAUCAAGUACUACCGCAGAGCCAUGCAGAUUGUACCUGACAUCGAGUUCAGGAUCAACUACACGCGCUCACCCGAUCCAGAUGAAGAAGGAAACCUGGAGGGGAGCGAGGGGGACAUAGAUGAUCUGCUGAGCUACUUCAUGCAGCAGCUGACUCUACAGGGCUCCUCACAGACCAUCUGCGAGCCGGAGAAUGAGGCCACCACACAGGUGCACAUCUCAGUGUUGCCGCGGGAGGUGUUGAUGUACAUCUUCCGCUGGGUGGUGUCCAGUGAUCUGGACAUGAGGGCUCUCGAGCAGCUCUCCCUCGUCUGCAGAGGAUUCUACAUCUGCGCCAGGGACCCUGAGAUCUGGCGCUUGGCCUGCCUGCGCGUGUGGGGCCGCGGCUGCACCAAGGUGCUCCCCUUCUCAUCCUGGAGGGACAUGUUCCUAGAGAGGCCACGCGUACGAUUCGACGGGUUGUACAUCAGUAAGAUUACAUACAUCCGCCAAGGAGAGGAAUCUCUGGAUGGAUUCUACAGGGCCUGGCAUCAAGUCGAGUACUACAGGUACCUGCGCUUCUUCCCCGAUGGCCAGGUGAUGAUGCUGACCACGCCUGAUGAGCCUCAGGUCACGGUCCCCCAACUGCGGAGCAGGAACGCCAGGAUGGAGUCUGUUCUUGUUGGCCACUAUCGCCUGUCCCAGGACACUGACAAUCAAACCAAAGUUUUUGUUGUUGUUGCCAAGAGGAAAGAGGAGAAGAGCCGCUUCAACAAGCGGAACCCUGUGAAUGAUGCCGAGCACAGUUUCCAUGUGGGACUGCAGCUGGCCUCUGGGGGGCGCCAACGCUUCAACAAGCUCAUAUGGAUCCACCACUCCUGCCAAAUCACCUACAGAUCGACUGGUGAGACAGUGGUGACCGCUUUUGACAUGGAUAAGAUGUACACGCCCCUCUUCUUUGCUCGUGUGAAAAGCUACACUUCCUUCUCAGAGCGCCCCCUAUAGGUUAGAGCCAGUGACUUGCAUCUGUCCAACCCCAGACUGCCACUGCCCCCCCAUAAGGUUUAAAUCAGGGGUAGGGAACCGUUUUCAUUCAAGGGCCUCUUUACAUUUUAUUUAGGUCCUCCAAGGACCGUACUAUCAGAGAUUCUAUAUAUAGAGAUAUGCCAAUGUAAUAGGUUGCUAUGGGCACCUAACAUGACCAGGUUCCGGUCUGCCUAAAGGGGCGUGUCAUAAUGCUCCUACAAUGAAUAGAACAGUCCUUAGGUCUGCCUAGGUCUGCCUAAGGGGGGCCAUAAUAGAACCAGGAAACAAUGGGCCAAUGGAACCUCUCUCUCUCUCUACUCUCUCUGGUACUAUGAACACAAAACAGGAUUCCCCCCGCUGCACUUUAGGCCUAUAUUGAAGGCAACCACCGUUACAACAGACCCCUCCUUCACUUGGUCCCCUGAAAAUAAGAAAUUACAUUAACAUUGCAAUGAAGUUAUAAGAUUGCUUUACAAAACAUAUCACAUUUCACUACAUAACAGUUAUAUCGAGGGCCGUAAACGGGCCUGGAGACACACCGUACUAGGUUCCCCUCCCCUGGUCUACAUGCUGCCUCCUCACCUAAAUCCAUUCCCCUCUCCGUCCUUGCUUUCCUGCUAAAGUAAACGGUAUCGAUGAAUGUAUUGCCGUGUUCAUGUGUUUGAAAUAUAUUACUAAGCUUGCAACACCCUUUUUAAAAACAAAACAAAAACAAAGUGUGGUUCCAUGCAAGCACUCGCUACUAGAAUCAACAAUGCUGAACUGGGGUGCAUUUCUCAAAAGAGAAGUUGCUUGCCUGCUAGCAACUUCGGUAGUUGCCAAUGGGAAAAUGCAUUGAAAACAACAAAGUAGCUAAUGUAGUAAGCUACUUUGGUUUCGAGAAAUGCACCCCCGAGAUGUAACUGCUACUGAUAUCAAGAAUAUAAAAAAAAAUCAAAUCCACAACCACAGGACGCUUCAAGUCCUCCACCCUCCACCACACCCCAUCGUCUCCUGUUGCACCUGGACUGGACCAAGCUUCCAAAUCAGACUUCACAUCCGCCGCGUGCCACUUGGUGUGAUUACUGAAUGCUCUCUCGCAUCUCAUGUUUUGUGAAACACACUACUUUUAAUGUAUGUACAUUUUAGAAAAAAGAUAAAGACAUUCUCAAAUGCCAAUAAAAUGAUAUGAUAUAUCGUUCA